AAUUAAAAUUUAGUAUCGUGUACCGUCGGGUAAAGGCUGCCAUUGUUGGCUCUAAGCUCAGGCGCCUGACAAGCAAUCUUGGUUAAGAUUUUCGAAAUGGGAAGAAGGGGCUGUGUCAAUUGAAUAAGCUUCGGCUUAUCAAGGAGAAUGAGGUCUAGUGCUCCGGAAUACCAUGGAGAGAGAGCAAUAGAACAAUACUAGUAAUCUAGGUUUUUCAAAUCCUAAACCUAAUUUUUAAUCUUCACCGUCAAACAAUUCCACUCUCUCAUUUUCAUUUCUCAACAAUGCGCCCCAUAUUCCGAUCCCAACUAUUAAAAUCCAUUUCGCAGGACACCAUACAACGGAAAUUCAAAUUCAACUUCCCAUUUGAUUUUCCAAAAUCCCAUUUUCACUUCACCCAAAUUCCUCAAACCCAUGCCCAAAACCCCACCUUUAAUUCUCUGGGUACAAUAAAAAAGCAUGGUUUUCUUCAUUCACUUGCAAAUUCUAAUGAAAGCAUUGGCUUUCAGCAAUACCCAGAAGAAAAAUAUUCUUUGAAACUCCAAAGCAUUUUAAAAACCCAUAGAAAUAGCUCAAUAGAAGAGAUUGAGCAGGCUCUUGAUCAAUGUAAGGUUACAAUAACAGAGGGUUUGGCCUUGGAUUUGGUUAAGCGAAACCAGUCUGAUUGGAAACUAGCUUAUGUUUUCUUCCAAUGGGUGUCCAAAAAUGGUGGAAAUUCACUUGGUUUUGAUGUUUACAAUGAAAUUCUAGACAUUCUUGGAAAAAUGCAUCGGUUCGAAGAGUUAACUAAGGUGUUCGAUAAAAUGUCUGAAAGAGAAGGACUUGUUAAUGAAAGGACUUUUCGGAUUUUGCUUAAUAGGUAUGCCGCUGCACAUAAGGUGGAGGAUGCGAUUGGGGUGUUUGAUAGGAGGAAAGAAUUCGGAUUGAAGGAUGAUUUGGUUGCAUUUCAAGUUCUUUUGAUGUGUUUAUGUAGGUAUAAGCAUGUAGAAUUUGCGGAAACUUUGUAUCAAUUGAAGAGGAGAGAGUUCGGUUAUGAUAUAAAGACAAUGAAUAUUGUUCUCAAUGGAUGGUGCGUGUUGGGGAAUGUACAUGAGGCUAAAAGGUUUUGGAAGGAUAUAAUUGAGUCGAAAUGUAAGCCGGAUUUGUUUACAUACGGGACUUUUAUAAACGCGCUGACAAAGAAGGGAAAGUUAGGCACUGCGAUGAAGUUGUUCCGAGGAAUGUGGGAGAAAGGGUGUAAUCCAGAUGUGGUGAUUUGUAAUUGUGUUAUUGAUGCUCUUUGUUUCAAGAAGAGGAUUUCUGAGGCUUUUGAAGUGUUUAGGGAGAUGAGGGAACGUGGUUGUGUUCCAAAUGUUGCAACUUACAACUCGCUUAUCAAGCAUCUAAGCAAGAUUGGGAGGAUGGAAAAGGUGUAUGAGAUUUUGGAUGGGAUGGAAGGGAAGGCAGAGUGUUUCGCAAAUAAUGUAACUUUCAAUUACUUGCUCAAGUCCUUGAAGAAACCAGAGGAAGUUCCCAGUGUUUUGGAGAUGAUGCAGAGAAUUGGUUGCAAUAUGUCUUGUGAUACAUACAAUUUGAUCUUGAGGUUGUACAUUAAAUGGGAUCAGGAAGAGAGAGUUAGACAUACGUGGGAUGAGAUGGACAAAAGUGGAUUGGGACCAGACCGGCGUUCUUAUACAAUUAUGAUUCAUGGGCUGUAUGACAAGGGAAGGAUUGAGGAUGCUUUGAGCUAUUUUAAUGAGAUGACAUCUAAAGGAAUGGUGCCAGAACCAAGGACUGAGAUCUUGGUGAAUGCCAUGAAGAACAAGUUGAAAGAGCAAGAAGAUACAAAAGAAAAGAAAGAUCCAGGGGAAAAUGGCAAAUCACCUAGCCCUAGGUCUAAAAGGUUUAAAAGAAGACAAAAGCUGGGUAAUGCUUCCUCUAAAAUUAAACCAUUAGGUAACUAAUAGAAGCCUAGAGGAGGCUUUAAUGCUGUGCCAAUCCUAUAGAUUAUCAAUGAAGAAAACCGAUAUCCUUUUACCCAAUUCCAAAGGGUAUAAUAAUCUAAUCUUCUGGUGCUUGUUUAGUUUUUAGAAAUCAUCCAUGCAAGUUUACUGUGAUUGCUUGAGAGCUUGACUUCCAAAAUACAUUAUAUCCACUUCUAACCAUCCAUCGCUAGCUGUGCUUUGCUUCAUAUGGAACACUGGCAGCAUCAAUGAUAGAUUCCCAUGGCCUUACCUUAUCAAAGCAUAUUUGGUAUUUAUAUGCUUUCGUAGAAAAAAAAAGUGAAAAAUAGUUUUUAAGAAAA